UUGCGCGUGCGCAGUAAAGGUAUCUGCCUGCCUUGAGUUGUUGACGGAAAACUCACGGAACAAAAUUAGCGAGAUUAACCCGUGUCAUUGUGUAAAUGAGGGUUUUGUUAUUCUGCAUACUAAACCACAUAGGGCGCUUGCCAUUCAGUUUGGGCGUCCAGAUAAAGGGGUCGCAUUUUGUAGCUUUUCCAGUUGGAUUAGAUUGCUAGCUGCCAACAAAGGGGUGCGGAAGUGCGCGAGAAAGUCGAGAGCUGCGAUUGGGUUUUAACGUGUUGAAUCCAAAUACCGAGGCUGUUGAGGAACUAUUUGUAGCGUUGGAAAUAACGACAGCAGAUUACGAGGAGUAACCAGGGUCUUCUUGUUUGGUCUCGUCAUUCUCAUGGAAAUGACACGCUCCUUUCUUUUUCAAAUGACUCCAGGUUGACGUGACAGACUUUCUCACAUGGAUUUGUCGAAGAAAAUUCUUCCUAUGUCAGAUGCCAGUGAAAAAGAUUUUCAUCCUGAGCAGCAGGAGUGGAGCUUCAGAACGGAGCAGGAGGAGCCAGAGCCCCUUUAUAUUAAAGAAGAAGAAGAGGAGCCAGACCCCACAGACAUUAAAGAAGAAGAGGAAGCACUGUGGCGCAGUGAGAAGGGAGAUAGUCUUCAAGAGCUGGACUUUCCAAUGAUCCGUGUCAUUGUGAAGACUGAGAGUGAUGAAGACAUAGGUCAGCGGUCACAGCGUCAUCGCAGUAAAAGGGAGGAGACCCAAGGGGCUGAACCUCCAAGAACAAUCUCAAGUCAACACAAGACAGAAAGUGAUGGAGACCACGGUGAAGAAUCGCAAGCAGACUGCUGCCUACUUCCAUUGACAAAGAGUGACAACACGUCGUCGCACUUUCCUGAAACUGAGGAUGAAAACUCAAAAGUUGAUAUGGAAUGUCACAAUGACAACAAAUGUGUCAAAUGUCCCCACUGUGACAAAACCUUUGGUCACUAAUGAUGUCGUGGUGCACUUUGCCUGACUUUGAUGUGGGCAGCAUGGGUUCAGUUCCCCGUCCCCGCCUGUGUGAAGUUUGACGGUUCUCCCCGUGCCUGUGUGGGUUUUCUCCAGGCACUCCGGUUUCCUCCCACAUCCCAAAAACAUGCACCAUUCAUUGGAAACUCUAAAUUGCCCUGAGGUGUGUUUGUGAGUGGAGCUGUUUGUCUCUAUGUGCCCCGCGAUUGGCUGGCAACCAGUUCAGGGUGUCCCCCGCCUCCUGCCCGUUGACAGCUGGGAUGGAUUCCGGCGAUCCCGCAACCCUUGUGAGGAUAAGUGGCUAAGAAAAUGGAUGGAUGGCUAAAUUAGUUGAAUUUGGAGGUAAUUUUAUUUCUUGGAAAACACUAAACCAAAAAAUAGAUCGUAUAAACUGCCACCUUGUUAGUUUCCUAUCAGAAGAGGUUUGCACUCGACUCCUUAUUGGCAAAAGAAGGACGAGUGCCCUCCAUGUUUGGUGAAAGCUAAAGCACAUUUAUUCUCAAUGGUAUGGCCCCAGAUGAGAGCCUCAGCAGAACUCUUAGUAUUAUGAGAGCCUUAUCCAUCCAUCCAUUUUUCUGGACCACUUAUCUUCACUUGGGUCGUGGGCAUGCUGGAGUUUAUCCCAGCUAUUUUGGGCGAGAUACCCUGACCCUGAACUGGUCACCAUCCAAUCACAGGAGCAUUGUCCAAUUAAUUUAAACAACAAAUGGGCAAUAACUAACACUUUCAUUUAUCUAGUAGAAAGAUGGCUUGACAUAUGGAGGAGACAAUUGGUAGUUUGAUCAUCUCAAUUGGCAUUAUUCUUGGGCUUUUGUGUUUUGUGUUCUCCCACCAAACCUUUCACAUCUCUAAAUUUUCGGACUAUGGUGGAUACAUUGAAUUUUUGUCGGUUAGAUUGCAUGACCGCUUCCUGUGUGUGUCCAAGAAUAUGGUCUAUGAAAUCUUGGCAUGUGUCAUGUGAAAUAUUAAAUUGUUCUUAUACCUCCUCAUUACACUUCUGGCUCUGAUUGUCUCUAUCAGAAGCCUUAUUUCCAUAAGUUCUUGGAGAUGAUGAAAUGUGUGUUUUCAUUAGCUGU